AACGUCAGGGCAACCAUGGCGAGGCGAAACACUCCGCCGAUGCCCCAGCCGGCCAGCCCAAGUGCUGCGUCCAACGACAUCAACUAUCUUUCCGCACAGGUGCAGCAGCUCUUGGCCCUCGUCCUGCCUGCGCCCGUCGUUACGAUUCUGGCCUCGAUCUCUGAUCUCAUCUACCGCUUGACGCUGGGCAAGUCCAACGAUCCGCCAAGCUACACGUCUACUUUGGUGCCUCCCGCGAUUCUGCUCCUGGUUACCUACCUGUCAUUCAUGAUCCUCUACCGAUCCAUCAAGUCGAUGUUCAGCAUCUUCAUCUUUUCGCUCAAGUGGGCCGUCGUCCUCGGCGUGUUGAUCCUCCUCGUGGCCUAUCAUCUCGGUGAGGGAGAUGUCCAGAAGGGUGCAAGAGUAGCUGCUGGUCGGACAGGCGUCGACUUGAGCGGUGGUGCGCCCAACAGCUGGACUGAUGUCCUCAAAAAUUACCCGAUUGCGCAGCGACUUGCACCAACUCUCCUGCAGAAUCCCGCCGCCGCGGCUCCGAUCGUGGGACAGACAUUCAACACCCUUUGGCAGGCUCUCCAGAACCCUUCAAAUGCUGCCGGCGCCUCUGGCUCCGCGGCUUCUGCCGGUGGGCGACAUGGACCGUUGCGCGAGUACCGGGACGUUCGGCCUUCAAGACGAGGAAGUGACGAAAACUCAGCAGGCGGCUGGUUCGGAAACAGCCGUGCGGCCUCAGGCGGGCCUGCUGCACAGAGGAAGAGCGGCUACGCCAAUGUCAACGCUGACGCCGAUUCCAUCUUCAACUCUGCCUUUUCGCCUUCGCCAAAUUCCAACACCAGGAGAGCAAGUGGCAGCAGUCAGCAGCAGCCCAGAUACAACGACAGGAGUUUUAGUGGAAGCUCAAAAGGGCCCGUCACCGACGAGAGCGGCGCAGGUGUUGUCAACAAACUGGCUCGGUGGAUGGGAGCCGACCUGGGAGCGUCCUCAUCGCCGCCACCCUCUUCUAAGCAGAGCCGUCGCUGAACCUCUUCUUCUUUUUUCUUCUUGGACUCAGCAUUUUUGAUCCCCUAUCAUCCUAUCGAGCUUUUCUUCAUUGGUUUCACGCCUUGUAGAUGGCACAAAUUGUUCAUCCUGUGUAGCAUUAGCCUCUAGUCGAUUAGUUCCCCUCAGCAUGACAUUGCGUACAAGCC